AUGCGCUACGAGGUUGACACAAAGGUCCCUACUACACGGGUCUUUUGUGAGCUACAGGGCAUCUUAGACAUCAAGUGCACCAACUUGUCCGUCAAGUUCCCAAACCUCAAGGGGAUCGACGACUUCUGGACCGAUACGACCCCUGCCGUGAUUAGAGAGGUCCAUGGCACAGAAGUUCUUGACGAGGUCGAAGUUUUGGGCGAUGUACAGCGUGUUCUGGCUGCUAGAGGCAUUCUGAACGACACAAAAUCACGUCUCGAUAAUUCUAUAUUUGACCAACGCCGUGAUGCUCUCAUAGUUCCCAUCGACCUUUGGAACAGCACCAGCAACUCGCUUGGCCUGGUCAUACUACUAAAAGAUUUAUAUAACCGCACAAACAGUAGCCCUGAGAUAUCUCCGCCGUCAAACGCCAUUGCUUGCUCUAUAGACGCUCGAUGGGCAAAGGGAAAGACCGUUAUGGAAAUGACCAUAAACACUCCACUCGACCAUGAGUUUGUUGCUGGCAGAGUCCUCAAUCUUGUCGAGACUGAGCUUGAGCUCCAACUUCUCUUGGGUUACACCCGUGUGAUACCACCCGCCAAUGCGUCCAUGGUACCUAUUCAGUUGACUCCAGACUGGUAUGACAUGUUAUCGCCAACGUUGCCGGAUAAAGCGCCUGACGAAAUACCCUGGCUGCCUAUCAACGGAUCGAAGCGGACUACCCUUGAGACUUUGUUCACUACUAAAUUUCAUCCCAAUUACAGCCGACAGACCGAAUUUGAGACUUUCAUUGCUACCGUAUUUGUCGACGGGUUAUCACGUAGUGGCCUCAUACCCAACUUCGGAGGUUCACGCUUCCUUGGGCCUGUGCCCUGGGGUGGCUUUGAACCUGAGCACGAAAACCUGGCCAGAAAGCUGCUCCGUCAGGGCGAUCCAUUAGAGGUACUCCCUGAACCAGAGAUGCUUAAGUUUGGCAAUAGAACACGCUUGGAAAUGAAGGCUAUUUACACAGGCUAUGUCAUGACAGUUGAUGGCUGGUUUGAUUGGCCAUCUGUCAUCGGUCUUCUUUUGCACGCUGUGAUAGCCAUUGUGCACACGUUCCUCAUACUCAUCAUGCGCAAGACAGGCGGAGCAUGGGACUCGCUUAUAGAGUUGAUCGCUUUGACGCAAAGAUCUGCUCCGCCUCCUCCGUCACUCGUCUGCUGGUAUACGGUCGUUCAAAACGGUCAGGUUGGUGGCAUGGGUGGAGGCGCCGGAGGCUGGGAAGACGAGUAG